ACUUAGCUAAUCGCAAUAUUGUUCUCCAGUUACACAGACAUAAAAACUCACUAGUACUCACUCUGGACUGACCUCUUUAAGCCAACCUUCAACAGCCCAAUUCUUUGAAACCACUCACUAGGCAGACGUAGUUGACCUUGCCUCUUUAUCCAAGACAUGUCUUCUCUUCUAUCGAAAUCGUUUGACGCACUUAAGAUCACAACGUCACAGCAAAACAGGGAUUCUACAAAAUAUCGACCCUUUAAACUCAUCCGUCCGAAAAGGCAACCUCAUCUGCAGUUCUACGGAUAUGGAGUCUCUUGGGAAUGGCUUAUCCAGUUUGCGGAGCAAAAUUGCCCAGAAGAGUUGCCCGAUCGCGAUGACAUAGGCUACAAGUGCAUGGCCGCGAUCCGCGCGUACGAACUCAUCGCAGAUUUAACCACUAUCAACACUUUGGACCGAAAAUUAUGCUUCAAUCCCAAGGGCGGCUUGGUGCCUCCAGAGUGGAUCGCUGUGUAUGAUGGUGACUACGACGACAUACUCUCCGAGGAAGAACUUUUGGCGAUCAAAAUUGACACAAUUCAUGUGCUCGCUGUGUGCUCGGAUGAAGAAGACUCCUUUGAGGAGCGUCCUGUUCAAGGACAGAUGGACUACAUGACAAAGUUGAUUGGGCAUGGACCGCAGUGGUGGAUGGGUUGUAGAGAUUCGCACUGUUAGAACGAGUCACUUCCAUAUGUAGUAUGAAAAUUGUGUGCUGUACUAGUAUAUGCCGGGCUUCAGGCAAUAUAAUUACCAUUAUACUGGCCUUGCGCGCGCUGCACCAGUCUCUCCGCAUCCCAAGUACUCUUUCCUGGAUCAUAUUACAAGCGCCCUUCCACCUCGUCGAGUCUU